GGGGGUGAGGCAGCCCUGCCCUCCCCCGGUGGGACGGGCCAGCCGCCCGUCGGGCUUUCCAUGGAUUUGUUCUGUCACCCGUUUGGGGACAAAGUUUGGGAAUAAAGGUAGGAUUUCCCCGCUUGAUCCCGGAAGGGAAGGAGAGCUGCGAGGGAAAAUGCGACCGCUUGCUCCGAGGAGUCCCGUUCCCUGCUUGCAGCACUUCCAGCUCAGCUCCUUCUUGUGAUGAUCUAGAGAAACGAGGCAGGGGCUCCCAACAGGCUGCUGGAUGAGCUGCGGGGCUGCAGCCGUAAGGAGGGAGUCUCCUUGCCUCUCCGCAAACUGCGGCUCAAACCACAGACGUCUGAUUCUUCAGGUCCUGAAGGAUGCCGAAUAACUUAGUGCUUCGUGUUCCGGUCCCCAUCUGAGCACUGCUGUCUCCCGGAGAAACAGCCUGAGGAACCGAGCUGGUGUCUGUCACGGGUAAAGCAAGCCCUGCAGAUACUUGCUAGAGGGACCACCUCCAUUUUGCAUCUUGCUGAGUGGACUAUGGUGGCAGGAAGAUGUUGGCUCGCAAGAGUAUCAUCCCUGAAGAGUAUGUGCUGGCGCGGAUCGCUGCCGAGAACCUGCGCAAGCCGCGCAUCCGUGAUCGCCCGCGCAAAGCUCGCUUCAUUGCCAAGAAUGGUGCCUGCAACCUGGCCCACAAGAACAUCCGUGAGCAGGGGCGAUUCCUACAGGACAUCUUCACCACUCUGGUGGACCUGAAGUGGCGUCACACACUGGUCAUCUUUACCAUGUCCUUCCUGUGCAGCUGGCUGCUCUUUGCCAUGAUGUGGUGGCUGGUGGCCUUCGCCCAUGGCGACAUGGACCCGAGCAUGGAAAACCCUUCAAACAGCACGAAGUGGACGCCGUGCGUGACAUGUGUCAGGUCUUUCACCUCCGCUUUCCUCUUCUCCAUCGAAGUCCAGGUGACCAUUGGCUUUGGGGGGAGGAUGAUGACCGAGGAGUGCCCCCUGGCCAUCACAGUCCUGAUCCUGCAGAACAUUGUGGGGCUGAUCAUCAACGCUGUCAUGCUGGGUUGCAUAUUCAUGAAGACGGCACAGGCUCACCGGCGGGCUGAGACACUGAUCUUCAGCCGGCAGGCAGUCAUUGCCAUUCGCAAUGGCAAGCUCUGCUUCAUGUUCCGGGUCGGGGACCUGAGGAAGAGCAUGAUCAUCAGUGCCUCAGUGAGAAUCCAGGUCGUGAAGAAAACCAUGACCCCUGAAGGAGAAAUCAUACCCAUUCACCAGGUGGAUAUCCCUGUGGAUAACCCCAUUGAAAGCAACAACAUUUUCCUGGUGGCUCCCUUGAUCAUUUGUCAUGUCAUUGACAAGCGGAGUCCUCUUUAUGAUAUCUCUGCUUCUGACCUGGCGCUCCAGGACCUGGAGCUCAUAGUGAUACUGGAGGGGGUUGUAGAAACCACAGGCAUCACGACACAGGCGAGAACCUCCUACGUGGCAGAGGAGAUCCUGUGGGGUCACCGCUUUGUGCCCAUUGUCACUGAGGAGGAAGGUGUGUAUGCUGUCGACUACUCCAAGUUCGGCAACACUGUCAAAGUGGCUGCGCCACGCUGCAGUGCCCGAGAGCUCGAUGAGAAGCCCUCCAUCCUCAUCCAGACCCUGCAGAAGAGUGAGCUGUCCCACCAAAACUCCCUGAGGAAGCGCAACUCCAUGAGAAGAAACAACUCAAUUCGGAGGAGCAACUCCAUGCGGAGAACCAACUCCUCGCUCAUUGUGCCCAAAGUGCAGUUUAUCACACCUGAGGGGAGCCAGAGUGCCUCAGAAACGUGAUGCACAGCUUUGUGCUAGGGCACUGGGCUUCGGAAGGAGGCACCUGUGGUAUUUUGCUUCAAUUUCCUGUUACUUAAGAAAACAAGAACACAAUGCAGAAGAGAACCGUGCAAGAACUAUUUAUUCCAUUACUUACUGAAAGCACCACCUAAUGGCAUUACAAAACACCUUAGCACUUAGUGUAUGAAUUAAUAAUAAAUGGCAUGUACAUUAAAGAAAACACACUUCACUCAUGCAAUAUAAUGUGUAUUUAUACUUGUAAUGGCAUGUUGAUUUUUGUAACCAUAUUUUUCCUAUCAAGGGUGUCUUUCUUAUCUUCUGCUGGCUGGCACAAAAUGUAGGGCUUUCCUAUGCAAGCGAGUGCUUCACAAAACUUCUGUAUUCAACGGCUCCCACGGAUUUUGUGCAUGACAUUUGGAUAUUGAUCUUUUUGUGUGACUUCCUUGUUCUCUUAAAGGGAGUAACUAAAUUCCUCAAGGAUUUCACUGGAGAAGAGCCACCAUUUCACCUUUGGUUUCCCAGGCUUUUUUAUUUUGUUGCUUUGUGGGAAGGGCAUUUUGAGAGUAAACUCAGGUCAGGUGGAGUGACGUGUCCAUCCCACAGGAAAGCCGGUGCCACUCCGAGCAGGAAAACCAGCAAAAUGACAGAGUGCUGCUCUUCUUCUCAGGGUGAAAUACUUGGCUGCAGGACAACACACAUCUUAGAUUAGCUGUAGGCCAAGCUGAGAAAUCCCAGUUCUCCUGGCUACCACCUGGGCAUCUGUUUCACUGAAAUUAUUCAAGCUGGAAAAAGCAGAUGCCUCUUUAACAUUCUCAUAAUGAUGGAAGACCAAAUCCUGUUUUGCUCCCUCUGAUAGAUUCAUACAUGUAAGGAAAUGUGUAUUUUUUUCACUUACUUUUCAUAGGAUUAAGUCUGCAUCCUCCAGAAGAAGGUUAUUUUUUGCCAGAGGGAACUAAUGAAUGAGAAUGAGAGGGAAGCCUGCCAAUAAUAUUAGAGAUAGUAUUUUCAAAACUAUCGGAAUGCUUUUCAGGAGGACUUGGAUGCUACUGCUGAAUUCCUGGGUUUUUAGCAGUGCCUCACCUGUGUUUUUAUAUAAUCUGGCAUUGAGAAUUGGUGGGAAGAAGCUUUCCUCUUCAAAUUAAAAUGGGCAUUUGUUACCUGGAGCCUUCCCAAAAACAUCAUCACAAGUUUUUCUACAGGAAUAUGUAAAAGUAAGACAACUAAUUCUGUCACAUUUGGUAGCCUAAAUUGAUACAUGUUUUUUUCCUGUGUGAGUAAGCAUAACUAUGGACAAGUUCCUGUUCAAAUAUCUUGCAGAAAUUGUUUUAUGUCUGUGGCUAAAGAGAAGUACUGUCCUUGUUCUGACCCUCCAAACCACUCAAAUAUUUAAAUAUUUGCUUUUUUCUCUAUGGUGAAACAGUCCAAAGUCAAAGCUGUAUUCUCAUUCUCUUUGAAGGAGCUCAUCAGCAGUUGUUGGAUGGAUGGUUUCAGGCUUCACAAGGUGUUGGAUGGUGGCAUCGAGGGACACUGCUUUGAGGUGUGGACUCCUUGCAUUUGGAACAGGUGCUCUGCAAAACGAAAACUCUGACUUCAUCUGAAUCAGCAGAGGAAAUUGAAGUUUCUGCUGAAAGCAUUCAUUCCCUGGCCUGCCCAUUAAUGUUCUGGAAGGGUGGAUGGUGAACAUCUGGAGAAAUUAAUUUGUCCAUUGUGUGUCCAAACAAUGAUCCGCUGCAGCUUCCAAGAUGAGUCAGAGUGAAGCAUAUACAAUUUGUCUCUGUCCUCCAUUUCCAGGACUGUGAACUUCUCUGAGGCUCUGUGUUGGAUACAUGGUUAAGUCAGAUGCUGUGCAAAAGCAAGUUUUAUACAAAAUAGUCAUUUAAAAAUGUAUAAUAAUGCAGGUGUCUGCCAAGGAAGGUGGAACCUCCCUUGGAAUAGAAAAAAAAUAUGAUCUCCCUUCCCUCUGAAUUAUUACAACUCUGAAAUUAAGGGACUUUCAGGCAAAGAUAUGUGAAAAGGAAUAACAGUUCUUUACUAGUCUCUAUAGCAAGGCAAACAAACAAACAAACAACAACAGCAGCAACGCAAAUAGAACCAGGAGCCCACCUGCAGCCUGCUCUUGGACGCGGCACUGUCCCCUUCCAUGCAGUUCCAGUCAUGGCCAGCAGGGGCGCUGUUGGCUCCCGGCUGGGCAGGGCAGGCACGAUGAUUCCCGCAGGGGGCGCUGUGGUGCAAGCUCGGCCAUGUGUCCCUCACAUGAUAAUGGCGGGUGUGCUGGGUGGUGAAAAUGGGCCAAAGCCCAUUAGCAGGAACUGCGGAGCAGUGGCUGGGACAGCAGGGAUAAGCAGACACCAGAGUAGCCAAGGAAAUGUAUCAGAAACUCCACAGCUGUAGCAGGUGUCAUGGCAGGUAGGAGGUGCUGGGUUAGAGUGUAGUGGAGAAAGCAGUGGGACUGGGCAGCGGCAGCCAGGCUCCUUCUGUAACAGCUGCUGCACGCAGCCGGGAAGGGGAGGAGGGCUGGGGUCCUGGGUUUCUCCCCUGAUGCACCCAAAAUAGAUGGUAAGGGUCCCUUCCAGUCAGAUUGGGUGAUAAUAAUGUCCCAGUCCAACAGCUGCUCUUACGAGCAAAGGCUCACUCACAGCAGGAGAAGGAAUGGAAGGACAAAAGCUCCAUCGUGGCAGCAAAUCCUCUGAGCAGUGACUGCAGACUGGCUGUGCCUACUUCAAUACCAAGUGAGAGGAGCCCAGCCCAGCCCCUCACCACCCAGCCAAAAUCUCAUGGUAUCUUUGCCCUUGCAAAGAGAAAACCUCCGAGGUAAGAGAGUAGCCAGCUGCAUGCUUCCCCUACCUUUUUGCCUCUCUUAAGUAGUGGUCAUUAUUGUCUCUUAGCCACAGAUCGGACAAAUUCCGUGAGAGAAAGAAAAGAAAAAAUCCUAACCCCCAACAAAUAAUGAUUUCUUCCAUCUCCCGAUUUUUCCCUAUGCCUUUCCUUCUUGUCUCUUUGUAUCUUCAUUCAUUCUUGUAUACUCUUGGUCCUUCCUGUAUCCCAGCCUUUUCCAUGGUCCUUUUGAAUAAUAAUUUUAUGUUACCUAUAUUACCUCAUUGUUCUCUCAGUAUUUCAAAUGAGCUUUUUUUUUUUUUGCCCAGAACCAUUUUCUCAUUUUCUCCUUCCAAAUUUUAUUUCAUCUUCAUGGCUCUCUCUGCUUCAUACCUAAUACACUCUCUUUCUUGGAACACUACUGCAGGGGUAUUGGUAUUUUGAGGUAACACUAAGUGUCACCGUGAUAUUUUCUGAAAAAUCCCUUCUCCAGGAUUUCUUCUCCUGGGAAGCUGAGAGGCCUUGGAGAGGAAUGAAAAUAAUAUCUGGUUGCUUCUCCCUGUUUUGCUGCUUUAGAAUGUGGUCUGGAAAUUGUCCAAGAGGUGGUUGUUUGAUUAGUUUCAUGUGAAUUGUUUUUACUUAGUAACCAAUCACUGUCCAGCUGUGUCAGACUCUGAGGAGUCAGUCAUGAGUUUUCUUUAUCAUUCUUGUUAAGCCUUCUCUGUAUCCUUUCUCUAUCUUUAGUAUAGUUUAGUAUAGCAUUCUUUAAUAUAAUAUAAUACAAUAUCAUAUCAUAAUAUAAUAAAUUAGCCUUCUAAAAAAAUUGAGUCAGAUUCAAUCAUUCUUCCUUUGUCCUGGGGACCUCAGAAACUACCACAACUAAGAAACCUCAGUCAUAUGCUGAGAUGCUGAACAGAUAAACAAGGCAGAGCUUUGUACCAUGAAUGUCAUGUUCAUAUGUGCUGUGCUCCUGCUCUGUGCAGUAAAUCCUUUUGUGCAAAGCUCCUUUCUUCAGCCAGAUUUGAAGUCCUGAAAGAGGUCAGGGACAGAGGCAGCCAGUGGUGGAGCAGGAGAGAGGUCUUUGGCCUAGGAGCUGCUUCCCUGGCUGAAAGGACAGAUUUCAGACGCAGCUUUGUGAUAUCAUUUCAUGUCCUUUCAGACGCAGCUUUGCCCACUGGGAGGGGAUCAGCUGGCAGCACCACAGCUCAGUACAUUUAAUUAUUUAUUCUCCCUGGCAACUUUAUCAGAAAGGAGUUUUAUUUUAAAUUUGAAGCCUUCUGUUUGUCAUACAGCUUGACAAGUUAAGGGUGAUGGUGAGAUUUCUACCAAAUAGUGCUGACAAUUCAUGUUAGCAGUUAACUGUCCAUCUCAUUGAUAAUAAUUUAGUAAAUUAGAUUCAAUAAGGUAUCAACAUCAUCCCUUCACACUUAUUUGUGUUCCUACCAUUCCCAUCCCUCUGCAACGUGGUGUAACUAGAACUUACUUUGCAUCGCUUAUUGUGUGGAAUUAAUAUGCUUUGGCUCUUUGUGGAUCCUAUCAGAAGAGCAAAACUGUUUUCUAAGUUUAGAAAAGUAAUUAUAAAGUCCUUCCAAGACAAGUAUGAUGUCUGGGAUUACACUUUAUUUUUUCUCCUAGCUUUCAUCUAAAGAGAUUCUCUGUUUUAAACAGAAAGAUGGCAUUGAGAGCCUUUGUCGUUGUUUGGGACACCCAGAAUAUUAAGAGUUACCGUGGUGGGGACACAGAGCAAACAAACACAGACAGUGCUUACAGGGGAUAUAAAGAUUAAUGCUCCGGGGUUGAAGCCAAGAUGUGAGUAAUAGGAUUUGGAGAAAACUUUCCCUGUUGGCAGCUGAUUCUAUGGCUCUCAUCUUCAGGACUUCUUGCGCUCUAUUUUGCAAAAUCUGGUGCAAGCCAGGGACAGAAGUUGGAGCUCAGCACUGGCAAGGCCCCACUGCAGGCCACGCUUUGAACCUUUCUGCUCCCCCUGGCAUUGCUCUGGCCUUGUAAAACAAUUCUGGCCUUGUAAAACAGUUCUGCCCCUUGAUCAUGUCUUUAUGAGCACGUUGUCCCACAGUGAUCUGCCCUGGCCUAUACAACUGCCUGGCUCUUUCCAGAGAAGGGUUACUUCCUUCUGGGCUUUCUGGGGUGCUCAGGACAUUGUAAAGUGAGAGCCAGAGGAACAUUCAGAUUUAGUUAACACCUCAUGUGUGCCAUAGCCCUUUGCCCUAAAGCCAUGUGUCACUCCAGGCCAAAGGGUCAUUUCAGAGGUGUCGUGAUUUGACCAGGAAGUGAGUUUCUGGGAAAGUUGUGGUCAAACCAAUCAGUGGCCAGAUUUGAAAAUUGGCACCUGGUGUGGCCACUGGGGACCUGGAUAUGCCUCUGAGAACACACAGGGGUUAAAAGCAGAGGAUUCCCAGAGGGACUUUCUCUUUUGAGUCCGGUUGGUGAGUCGAUCUGACCUCUCCCCUGCCCAGCUGCGUCUGGGUGGGGAGAGGGAGGCCAUGCAGCCUGUGGGAAGGGAGGCCGGAGCCCUGCAAGGUGCUGGGGUGGAGGAGACCUGGGAUGUUUCAGGCAGCCCCCUCAGGGAGAGAAUGAUAGAGAGUCUGUGCUGGCUUGAAAUUUGAUAUCUCGUGCUGGCACCAUGGCCAGGAGAAGAGGUGGGGGGGCAAGGUGCCCAGCCGCUGGCAGACCAUGGCUGAGGUUUUAAUCCCUUUGGUGCUGAGACAAUGGAAGAUGUAAAAAACACUGAUCCUCCCUAGCUGAGAAUUGAGAGGGGACGGAGGAUGGGCAAAUGAGAAGAAGGCUUGAGUAGGUGAAGAAAUGUCAGCAGAUGAGAAGCGUCCUAGAUGGAGAUGAUUAGAGUGGCUUUGGCUGGGCUUUUCUCUUACAUGGCCAUGGGACGGAACCAAAUCUUCCUGUAAUGUAGAGACUGCACCUUGGGGGAGGCAGUUGGCCAGAAGCCAGGAGUGACAAAGCUGUUGUGAGAAGAAGUAGAGGGAACAGAGACUGAUGGGGAGGGUGUGGUGGAGCCCUCUGCCUUCAGCAGAGAAGGAUCUCUGUUCCUGAGACCCCCAGGCCCCAGGGGAGUAAAUAUGGGGGGGACAGGUGUCCCAAAUGGUGAGAAGCUGCGACUUCUUGGAACUGGGCAAGGCAUUCUUAAAAGGACCUAAGAAGCAGUUUGGAUCUAUGGACAGUGGUGAGAUCACUGGACAUGGAAGGAAGAUGGUUACCACGGCAGAUUCUCUCCAGGCGGCUGCCACGGGUGACAUGGAAGCACAGGAGGUUCCAACUGUGUUUCCUGGGGAGGCCCAUGGUGCAAGAGGGAGACUCCUCUCUCCUGAUGAACUGGGGGGAGGUUGUGUGGAGGAUGGUAUUGGACUGAGAAUUGAGUGUUAGAGGGGUGGGGGGAGGAGGAGUGUUUUGGAGGUGUUCCAUUGUGGAUUCUUGUGUGUGUUUUUUUUUUCCUUUUUAUUUCCCUCCUGUCUUUAUGUUGUAGAUUAAUAAAGUGUUGUUUUUCCCUUC